AGACUCGCAUCGCUCAGCAUGCGGCAGACGGCAUUGACAGCAUCAUCAUAAUGAAGUGCACGAUCGUUCUACUGGCUCUGGCAGCUUUUGGGGCGGCCUUUCCCCAACAGCAGCAGAAACAACGUGCUGCUGAUCAAGGUCUUCUGACGAAGCAGCAAGACGUUAUACUGCUAUUACAACAGAUCACCCAAGAAAUCCCGAACGAACAGCUACAAAUCCUUGGUACCACCUACGAUAUCCAAAACCAUUUGCAACAAUAUGACAAUCCGAUCCUUGUCAAGUACUAUGUGGGCGCUGUACAGGCCGGUCUGGUACAACCGAGAAGCACCGCUUAUUCAAGCUCUAUCAGCCAGCUUCGUAAGGAGGUCGCUCUUUUGCAAAGAAUUUUAUUAAGUGCUAGAAAUUAUCAGACAUUUUUGGCAACCGCCGCUUGGGCCCGCGUCCACGUUAACCAAGAACAAUUCGUCAAGGCUUUCAUCGGGGCCGUUCUACAGCACCAGGAGACACAGGGUGUCAUUCUGCCGCCUUUCUACGAAAUUAUUCCCCAAUCCUAUUUCGACGCUAGAAUAAUCCAACAAGUCCAAAAUGUCGUUGCACAAAGCGACGAACAAAGCCCUGUUUUUAUUCCCGUUAAUUAUACCGCCAAUUUGCCCAAUGGAGAACAUCAGCUUUCCUAUUUCACGCAAGACAUCGGCCUUGCCAACUAUUACGCCUUCGUGAAUCUCGCUGGAUAUUUGCAGCAGAAUGUACAACAGCAACCGCCGGUGCAGCAUCAAAGUGUUCAGAAUCAGGAAAGUCAAAUUGGUCAGGGAGCUCUUUACUAUUAUCUUCAUCAACAACUGCUGGCUCAUUACGAGCUGAACCGUCUCGCAAACGGACUUGGUCCGAUUCAAAAUACCGAUUACAUCAAUGUACAAGCACCGUAUCAACCGCAUCUCCGACACACAAAUGGACUCGAAUUUCCCGCACGCCCUUCGAAUCUUCAGUUCAACCCUGUCAAGAAUAAUCUUAUCAACACUGUCAAGAAAAUCGAACAAAGACUGAUCGAAGCUAUUGAUUCUGGGCAUGUCAUCACUCCGCAAGGUGCUUUCCUCUCCCUCUACCAGCCGCAAGGUUUGAACAUUCUUGGGGAACUUAUCCAAGGAACUGGCAAGAGCGUUAACCCAAGGUACUAUGGCAGUCUUCAAGCGGCCGCGCGUCAACUCCUCGGUAACGCUCCUGAAGUACAGAAUAUCUACGAUUAUACUCCUUCUGUUCUGGAAUCGGGAAGUACCGCCGUUCGUGACCCAGCUUUCUACCAACUUUACAGAAAAGUCAUCCAAUUGUUCCAGCAGUAUCAAAACUCUCUGCCCGCAUAUCAGUACAAUGAUGUUAUUUUGCCCGGCGUUAGCAUCCAGAACGUUCAGAUUAGCCCACUUGUAACUCUCUUCAACGAUUAUUACGUUGAUCUCGAUAGCGCAACCGUUCAACAACAAGUUGGUCAACAGAAACAAGUCCAGCAGCAGCAGCAGCAACAAGUCCAGCAUUCACAGCAGCAUCAACAAGUCCAGCAGCAGCAGCAACAAGUCCAGCAGCAACAGCAGCAGCAACAGCAACAGCAACAAAUCAAAGCACAUGUAAACAGAUUAGAUCAUAAGCCAUACGAAUAUCAGAUCACCGUCCAGAGCGAGCAAAACAUCCUCGAUGCCGUCGUCCGCGUCUACCUUGGACCGAAAUAUGACUAUGAGGGCAAUCCCAUCAGCAUUUCUCAACACAGACAGCAAUUCGUCGAACUCGAUCAAUUUACAACCAACCUUCAGCAAGGACAGAACGUCAUUGUUAGGCAGUCCCAGCAGGCGCCAGGUCAGAGCUUUGAUUACCCAUCCGUUCAGGAAAUCAAGCAGAGCGUCAACAAUGCUGUCCACGCCCAGGAACCGUUUUACAUCACCGAGCCGCAUCAGAUCUUUGGUUUCCCCGCUAGAUUAGCUCUUCCUAAAGGUCAACAGGGUCAAGGAUUCCCAGUUCAGUUGUUGGUUGUGAUUUCUCAAUCAGGACAACAAAGCCUGCCUUAUGGACCAGUAAUCCCGGAACAAUACCAAACAUACCAACAAAAUGAAUAUCAAGUAGUUGACAAUGAGGAAUACUUUCAGCAGAUUCAACAUCAAGGUAACAAUGGAUUCGGUCUGAAGCAAAGUGUGGAAGUUGUACCUGAAAUUGGUCAGCAAGUAAAUCAAGGCGUAAGGGACCAUUAUGCUAAUUUCUACACCCAACAACGUGGACAAUAUCCGUACACGCAUACCCAACAUCAAGUCGGCCAGGGACAAGUACAGGGACAGAAUGUCUACGGUGUACAAAGCCAGUGGCUAUAUGGACAGCAGGGACAAUUGAGGCAGCUAGGACAACAGUUCCAAAACAUUCACGGACAGCAGGGACAAUCGAGCCAGCAAGGACAACAGGUACAAAACGUCCAAGGACAGCAAGGACAGCAAGGACAUCUGGGACAGCUAGGACAACAGGUCCAAAACACCCAAGGACAGCAGGGACAACAGGCCCAAAACACCCAAGGACAACAGCAAUGGAAUCAAUUGCAAGAUAUCGAUCAAGGACAACAGUAUCAAAAUACGGUCGGAGUCGUAGGAGUCCAACAUGUGCUAACUGCUUGUGUACAAGAUACACAACAAAGCACCCAAAGCAUACAAGGUGUACAAGGAUUCCAAACUUUGCAAGGUUUGCAAGGUGUACAAAAUGUGCAAGGAACACAAGGUAACGUUGUUGGUGGCAUUCAGUCUGGAAUUCAGGACAGAUACCAAACUACUUACCAAGGACAGAGCCAACAGCAACAAGGACUCGCUGUAGGAUAUACCGGUAGCGGACAAUACCACGCUGGUGGCUUCCAAAAUAUCUUCAGUCAGGGACAAAAGAUACAAGACAGUUAUGCCAGCAAUUACUACCAGAAUAAGCCCAUCUCCCAAAUCAUUGGUGGCGCUAUUUCUCUGGACGGUAGACCUCUCGGCUAUCCGUUGGACAGACCAUUGAGCACUGGUGCCCUUUCCGUGCCUAAUGUCCAUGUACAAACCGUCUAUAUUUAUCAUGAAGGCCAAUCCACCAACGAAAUGUACUAUCAGUGAAAUGUUCCUAUAAAUCAGACUUAAUAGAUGCGACAUCGCCAGAUGUAAUAAUAAUGUUUAAGCAAGAACCGUUUUUUUAUUUUUUCAUUCAAUGUCAAAAAAAGAUUUAUUGAUAUAGCAAAUGCAAUUAAUAAAUUGCCCUAAAAC